AUGGACGACCGCGUCUCCCGUCGAACCGAGAUCCUCACCAACCACCUCCUCCGCCGCGCACAACCACUGUCGCCUCCCUUCGUUCUCCACCCCCACCGCUGCCUGAGCUACUGCCCCCCGGAGCUCUGCAACGAAUUCGCGUUCGACGCACGGGAGAUGAGAAGGCUGAUGGACGGGCACAAUCUGGAGGACCGCGACUGGCUCUUCUCCAUCAUCGUGCAGAGCGCCCUCUUCAACCGCCGCGAGCGCGCCGGAAGAAUCUUUGUCUGCCCCGACUACAACCAGUCCAUGGAGCAGCAGCGCGAAGCCACUAUGAAGCGCAUCGGGUAUCUUGUCGAGAGAGGGGUUUUCCGAGGGUGGCUUACCGGCGAAGGCCCGGAAGAGGAGCUGAGGAAGCUAGCCCUCCAUGAGGUUAUUGGGAUGUACGAUCACUCGCUUGCUGUUAAGCUUGGUGUUCACUACUUCCUCUGGGGUGGGGCUGUAAAGUUUCUGGGAACCAAGCGCCACCAUGACAAGUGGUUGAGUGCUACUGAAAACUAUGACAUGAAGGGUUGUUUUGCCAUGUCCGAGUUGGGCCAUGGAAGUAAUGUGCGAGGAAUUGAAACUGUCACUACUUAUGAUUCAAACACAGGAGAAUUUGUCAUCAAUACUCCAUGUGAAUCGGGUCAGAAGUAUUGGAUUGGUGGUGCAGCAAAUCAUGCAACGCACACUAUAGUCUUUUCACAGCUCACUAUAAAUGGAAGCAAUCAAGGGGUGCAUGCAUUCAUCGCCCAAAUCAGGGAUUCAGAUGGAAACAUAUGUCGAAACAUCCGAAUAGCUGAUUGUGGUCACAAAACUGGUUUAAAUGGAGUUGAUAAUGGCCGUAUUUGGUUUGAUAAUGUGAGGAUACCCCGGGAGAAUUUGUUGAAUUCCGUGGCUGAUGUUUCAGCAAGUGGUGAAUAUUUGAGUGCAAUAAAAAAUGUUGAUCAGAGGUUUGCUGCUUUCUUAGCUCCUUUGACCUCUGGCCGUGUUACUAUUGCUGUUAGUGCUGUUUACAUGUCCAAGAUUAGCUUGGCCAUUGCUAUAAGAUAUGCACUGACAAGGCGGGCAUUCUCCAUUACACCAAACGGGCCUGAAGUUUUACUGCUUGAUUACCCUAGUCAUCAACGGCGUCUGUUACCUUUACUUGCAAAGGUAUAUGCGAUGAGUUUUGCCGCUAAUGAUCUCAAAAUGAUGUAUGUCAAAAGAACACCCAGUUCAAACAAAGCAAUUCAUAUAAUUUCUAGUGCUUACAAGGCUACUUUUACUUGGAAUAAUAUGCGUACUCUCCAGGAAUGUCGUGAAGCCUGCGGAGGCCAAGGAGUUAAAUCUGAAAAUCGUGUUGGUCAUUUCAUGGGUGAAUUUGAUGUGCAAUCAACAUUUGAGGGGGACAACAAUGUUCUGAUGCAGCAGAUAUGCAAGGCACUCUUUGCAGAAUACGUAGCUUGUCAGAAGAAAAACAAACCGUUCAGUGGUUUGGGAUUAGAGCACAUGAACAAACCUUUGCCUGUUAUCCCAUCUCAGCUAACAAGUUCAACCGUUAGGAGUAGUGAAUUUCAGAUUGACCUGUUCCACCUAAGAGAGAGAGACCUAUUGAGGCGUUUUUCUGAAGAGGUCUCAGAACAUCAAUCUCGUGGAGAAAGCAAAGAGUCUGCCUUCAUUCUAAGCUAUCAGCUAGCAGAAGACUUGGGCAGAGCUUUUUCAGAACGAGCAAUACUGAAAACGUUCAUGGAUGCCGAGUCAACUUUACCAGCUGGUUCAUUGAAGAAUGUGUUGAGUCAAUUGAGAUCGUUGUAUGCUGUGAUAAGUGUGGAUGAAGAUGCUACCUUUCUUCGAUACGGAUACCUGUCAACAGAGAAUGCUUCAGCAGUAAGGAAAGAAGUGCCAAAACUCUGCGCUGAACUUCGACCACAUGCACUUGCCUUGGUCAGUUCCUUUGGUAUUCCUGAUGCUUUUUUGAGCCCUAUAGCAUAUAAUUGGGUUGAUUCAAAUUCUUGGUCCUCUCAACUUUAG